AGCCAUCAUCCCAGAAGAGUCAAUUGCUACCCCCUGAUAUGGUUCUACUCCCCGACAGUUUUUUGGCUGAGCCAGGGAAUUCACUAGUAGCCUGAGUGCGAAAAAAGAAGAACGUUAUCUUUGAAGUAGAUUCCGAAAGCUUGCUUUCCAUUUAGCUAGAGAUAUUUGAAUCCGAGUAAUGUGCAGCCAGCAUCAAGUUUAACUCUUUCUCUUUGAGGCUGAGGUGCUUCUCGCUUCUGAUUCAUACAAAUUACUUAACGGAACAGAAUACAUCAAUCCUCCCAGAACAAUGCCGCGCGUUCAGUGUUAUGUGUAUGACAUCUCACAUAUGAGAUCGCAAAACGUCCAGGCCACGGAGUUGAGAAUCCUUUUUGCUGUUGCGCAGCUUUGAAUGGGAAACUUUCUUCCUUGCAUGAAGGGCUAAAGCCACGUUCUUUUUCAAGGACGGUCCAGUCCAGAGACAUGACGAACAACAGGUUCCGUGCAGUACAAAGUUGGAAAUGUGUAGUACUACUGCUGAAGCACGUCGCAAAAGGCAUGACACGUGCUGUCUCCACGGAACAUAUUUUUUGUUCGCAUGUUAACAAUCACUAGCUCUCUCAUCUGGGGUAGGGGCGUUUUUUCCAUUUCACACCGCAGGGAAUGGCGAGGAUGAUGAGCAUGCCGCUGCUGGGAAAGCAGGUAGAAGAACUUCUCAUUUUUGCUAGGCGAUGUCCACGUUUUGUCAUGCAUGCAUAACUGAUAUUGCUCUUCAAUAUCGAUUUCUAUUGUUUGUGGUUGAAAAAUUUUUUCCGAAUUUCAAUCGUUUCACCACUUGUCAGGUUGACAUCAUCCCCCACACGGGAAUCGUCUGCUUCGGCUAUCAAGAGGAAAAGUGCCCUCCUGGCCUUUGGUUGAAGGAAUGUAAUGUGUUUUGCAAUGACAAAGUUUGUGUUUAUUGAGUUUCAAACCAACGGAAAUGUGAUACCCUUUUGCGCUGCGACCCUGCGACUGUCUCUGGAAUCUAACUGGAUAGUCGUUUGUUACUUAGCAGAGCCACGGGGGGGCCCUUUUUCUUUUUCCGUCCCAUACCACGAAAGAAUACUUUUUCGGCGGCGGUGUUUGCGUGACAGCCGCGGGGCAGGCCAUUCCCAUGCGGCCGUGCGAGGUGCUGGAGUUCGGGGAAGCGACCAAAACCGAAGCGGAACUGAACGCUUUUUUGGCGGAAAUUUCGCCCCGCUUCACCCAGCAGACCUACAACUUGCUGAAGCACAAUUGCAAUCACUUCGCCAACGAAGUGUCGAAGUUUCUCUGCGGUAUCGUGAUUUGUUUUCGACGACUUUGUGUGUACACAAUUUUUUCCAUCUUUUUUGCUUUUUCUAUGCUACUUAAAGAUGUUGCCGUCUAUGAACCGCUGAGCGCCGAGUCAUAAUUACAGAGAAUGUUUACAACGUUGACGAAACUGCUUCAGGUACUCCUGUGCCCGACCGCAUAGUGAACGUCGCGGACGAAGUAUUGGAAGAAAAAUCAUCGCGGUUCACAUCCCAUGCAUGAUUUUAUUUCUCUUUUUGCACGAGGCAAAGCGAAUGAAUUUGCUAAGUAUGCAGCUUAUCCACUGUCUUUACAUAUUUAGGUACUUGAAUUUUUGCGAAGGAGAAAUAACUACUUACAACGGCUGCGAUGUUGAGGUUUUUUAACUUUAUAAAAAGCCUUGUCCACACCGCAAGGCCAGCAGCUCCGCGGCUUGAUCGAGGGUUUCGAGACCCAAAUGCGGCAGAAUAACGCGGCCAAUACCUUCAACCCAUUCGGAAAUACGAGCAGCUCCGUGCCAACACCAGGAGUUGUGCCCGGGACAGCACCGGUAUGUUUCAUGUUAAGCAGGAUCAUGUUGCGUGAUGUAUAAUGGUGAUAGAUUUUCCGCGUACUUUUUUUGGGGUAAAAGAAAAAGCUAAGCCAUAACAAGAAGAUGUAUUCAUCUUCGCACUGGAGGCUUGCAUUUCGUAAGUAGUUGCAAAGGUUUGCUUGUCAAAGACUUGAUGAAUAAUUUAUUCAGGCCACCUCCUCCACCGCGUCCGUGUCGUUUGACGAUUUUGAUUAUCAAAUGUAAAAAUCUCUGGUUCUGGAAGGAUGCAACCUGUGAUGCGCAUUUCAGAACACGCAAAAAUCUCUCAUGCAUAGGCAGCAAAAGCUGCCCACUUUCUGUCACCAAAAUGGGGAAUUCGUCAUGCGGGUUCGGCAUUGCGGAAGCUUCUCGAAACCUGUGAUGCUAGAGCUUCCAUGCCAGACCUUCCGUGUCAUGCAGAAACAGCAUGACUCUCCCGGACCCAGACAUUUUUGCAAUCCAUAUCGAUCGCGCGUUGUCCGAGGUGAGCAGCCUGUCGGACGCGGAGCAGAAGCGGGCCUGCUUUUUAUCAAAUGUAAAAAUGUCUGGGUCUGGAAGAAUGCAACUUGUGAUGCUGCAUUUGGGUUCCAAAAAAAUCUCUAUUGCAUGAGCAGCAAUGGGAAUGCAAUUUUUGCUACGCGGAGAGGGCAUUUGUCAUGCGGAAUAGGCAUCAAGAAGCCCUCAACAAAUCUGUUAUGCUAGGGCAUGCAUCACAGACAUCAGGGCUUAUGCAAAACAUGCAUGACAAGUCUCAGAAUCUUUCAGACCCAGACAUUUUUGCAAUCCAUACUUUUCCACGCUGAACAAGAUGUGCAGCAACAUCGUGGACAAGCCGAGCGAGGAAAAGUUCCGAAAGAUUAAGAUGGAGAACCCGGCUUUCAACAAAAAGGUCGCGGAGUGUCUGGGCGGGACGGAGUGCAUUCUCGCCAUGGGGUUCGCGCCCGAGGAGAUAGAGGGGGUGGACUACUGGGUCUACGAUCCGUCGAGGCUGCCGAUAGACGCUCUGCGCAUCUGCUGCUCGAAGCUCUCCGCCGCGGAAUCCAAACUCCCCGCCGCACCCAGGCCCCAGCAGCUCUUAUCGACUGAAAGUGAGCUAGUAGCAUCCAAGGAAAUGUGUAUGUUUGCUAUUUGUAUAAUCAAACCGGAACUGCUGCAAAAGGUUUGCGUUUGCCUUGCAGGUGCCGCAGAUGUUGUAGGCGUAGCAGAGGGUAAUUUGCCCACUCCACAAUUAUCAUGUACUUAUGCAGCUAGCUUCUUUCCACUUGAUAGUUCCCGGGUGCAGCUGGGAAUACUGCAGGAGGUUUCGGGGGAGCUGCUGCGCCAAUGAGGUACUACCGUUCUUUCCCUAUUUUGCUUCAUCUCUAAGUACGACGUACGCUAGAGACAACGUCCUGAGUUCGCCAUUUAUUUUCCGCCAGACGCGAAUCAUCGAAGAUUGUUCCUUUACUUGGUUCAACUUCAACCACACAGCGCGACCGGCGGGAUGACAAAUCCACUCCUGAACAACCUCGGCGGCGGGAUGCCCGGUAUGGGUACGCCCGGCGGGGGGGCACCCCCGGGCGGCAUGGGGAACAUCCCGCCCGGCAUGGCGCAGCAGGCACAGCAGAUGAUGGCCUCCAACCCGCAGAUGGCGGCGCAGGCGCAGGCACUGAUGAACAACCCGCAGGCCAUGCAGCAAAUGAUGAAUGAUCCGCAGAUACAAGCUUUGAUGAACAAUCCCCAGGCGAUGCAAAACAUGAUGAACAUGAUGGGGAACAAUGGCGGUCCCGGGCGAUGACGGUAAAUAAAGAUCAUGCUGUGCUGUAGUGCUACUCCUACUUCUAGGUGUUAAAAACACGAAACACACGACCUUGGCCAUGAAGCAAAAGCUGGAAGAAGAUCCGGCGAUUGCAGGCCACCUUUCCCGUGAUGGCGUUCCUGCUGGAAACCUCAUUCAAGAGUUAUUGUCCUUCUGCAUUUGGAAACGCAGGAAAAAUCGAAGGUCUGGACACACAUGUGCCGUUGCUUCUUGAUUUGAAAGUUCAUAACGGUGAUGUUAUUCGCAGUUAUUUUCGUAGUUUUCCUGUUUGUUUUCCUGUGAUGUUCCAAGAAGACAUUUGCUUGGGAAAGAAAAACCAGAGACCUCGAUGAUCUUUUGAAGUCUGAGUUUUCUUUGGACUUCUUGCAAAGCCGUGACAUUGAAAAUUAGAGAAAAGUUAGGUCGUGCCCCGUCCCUUCGGGAGUAUGAUUGUGUUUGGAAUUGUUCCUGUUUAGUAUGCUUUUGUGGCUUGCAAUUCAUUGCAUGUGCUGAAAGGGAGCAAUUAUGGCCUGCCACGUAGGUGAAGGAACAGAAUUCUAAAGCCUUGAUGAUAUGCGUCGUCAGGCUUCGCUCGUUUUCGUGUCUCGGAGUACUCGGUGUGGAAGUAAACGUAGCAAGAGAGAUGGAUCGGUACAUGAGUGUCUCUUUGUCAAGGUUCUCGUGCACAAAAGGAAAGAAAAUAGGAAAAUCGCUUUAUUGCUUCGGUGCCGUUCAUUGUGCGUCGUGCAAAGCAGAUUCGAGUUUUGUAGUGCGAAUUCGUGAAAAAA